UUUCCAGUCCAGCUCGGCACUCCGAACGCGCCACUUCAAUCGGAUUGUCUCGGAGACUUGAAACACUUGAUUUAUUUCUCGAGAUCGUUCCAUUCAAUUCAGAAAAUAAUUCAUUUCUCUUGAAUGAAAGUUUUCUUAUUUUGGUGUCCUUGGAAGAAAAAUGAGAUGAAGAAGUGAAAAGUUCGUCGAAUUAUAAUUAGAAGAUGAACGUACUGACGAUGACAUAAACCAGGUUUGACGACACGUCGUAAGGAUGUGCUACGUGAUAGUCACCGGGCGCAGCCUCUUGUGGUCCCUGCUGUCUCUGGUUGCUAUGAUGGCUGUACUUUCCGCACUCAUCACUCCAAAGUGGAUCGUGGGACCACCCAAAACCAAAAACACUGAAAAUGGCACGGAACUCUACUACCCAACAGCUGGAAUCUUCAACAGAUGCACUCGCCUAUUUGGCAAAAUGAACUGUGCAAAUUUCAAUUCUGAUGGCUUCGCCACGGACCCCUCGGUGUUUCCUAGUUGCUGGAAGGCGUCACUCUUUUUUCUCUCACUUGGAUUGUCCGUGAUGGCACUAACAGUCUUCGCAGCACUGCUUGGAUGCUGCGUCCAGAGCAUUGGACGCAAAAGUAUCUUCAAUCUUGCCGGAGUAGCACAGGCUGUCGCUGGGAUUGUUUACUUAUUCGGAAUGAUACUCUAUCCAGCUGGGUGGGGAGCUGAAAGAGUUGUGAGAAUAUGCGGCCCAGAAGCUGGACCAUUUUUACUUGGAGACUGCAAUCUUGGUUGGGCAUUUUACAGUGCAGCAAUAGGCGUAGCCCUGACGUUCGUCUGUGCAAUGCUAAGCGCCCAGGCUGAAAAAUCCACAGCAAGCGAUAAAGUUCAGGACAAAAUGAACGAGGGAAAAACAUUGAUAUGCCUGGCAUCAUGAAAAAACUCAAUGUGAGAAGAAACCCUGAUGACACCGUUCCGGUGCACAAGUAACGGAAGAAACCUUUAAAGAAGAUCGAGAGAAAGUAGAAUACAAGUUGAGCCAUUUUUCAUCGGCCCGAAGGAGUCACUGCACCUUCCCUGUAGACUAUUGUAUUCAUGAAUCGAUUCUGACCUCCAAAGGCUCUUGCGGAAGCUUUAUAACGUUACUUGAAAUAUUCUAUUGUACUGCAGUCAUUCUUUACUCCGAUUUUACACGUACGAAUAUAGACAUAACAAUUUU